GCUCAUCUGAUGCUGCUUGGCCUGCUGUGUUCACCCAGCUCUACACCUUGCUAUCCCAAUGUUCCAGAGAUGAAGUGAAUUGUUCUAAGCCGCUAAAACCACUACCUAAAGUUGAAAUUACAAUCGGGAUUACAUUCCAAAAGUACUUAGUUAACUACAAAGCGCUUUGGGAGCUUUUUGACUUUAGUUAGCGUUUGCAACAAUUCCUAAACAUCUCCAAAAAGGAACUAAUAUUAUAGAGAAUAAACUGUCAAUAAUACGAUUUCAUAAUUCUGUUACUGAUCAUUCGUAUCUUGUUCCGCUUCUGUAGAAGGAUACACUAUAAAUAAUGUGCAUGUAUGUAUUGAUUAAAGCAAAACUCUGGGGAUGUUAGAAAUCUGAAACAGAACACACUGGUGAAACUCAACAGGUCUGGCUGCGCCUGUGGAGAAGGGGACAGAUUUAACGUUUGUUGUCUAAUAUGACUCUUUACGACAAGGAUAUAGCCCCCGUCCCUCUGAUCGCAUUUAUCUGAAAGCAGGUCACCGUAACGUACAUUUGAAAAACGAACAGGAGCAAACAGGUACGGCUUAGAGUUGAAUUUAGCAGCUUAGAUUUAUCGUAUUUAUUUCAGAUUAAAGCUAAGAAGUCGGGAUGAAUUUCGUUUACAAAUUGCUUUUGUAACACCUCGAUUUGUAAUAAUCGACUAAAAUAAACACUGAUACAUUCCAUUAAAAUAUGCAAUCGGAUUCGGUUCUGAGGAAAAAGGCCAGUUUUCUCUGGAGAAUGAGAGUGGGACUUUAUCAUGUUUUCUCUCACACAUCUUGCCAUCCGCCCAACCCAAGGUUGCGUCAGGCAGGAUUACCGUUGAUGUGAUUCGAUAUAAUCCCAAACUGUGGACUGGUCUGGUGUGAAGCCAAACGCUUUGCCUGCGUUGAAGCAACCAUGGACCUAAUUUGGAAUAUGUUCUGUCUUCUCCUGGUCUGUUGUACUAAAGCAACAGUUGCUUCCUGUGUGUCAGAAUGUUCUUGUAGGAAUGACAGCUUUGGAAGGUGAGAGAAGUUUGAUCUGCAUGCCUUCCUCUUUGCAAAGAAUACCCGAGGAUAUCCCACUCGACGUCAGAAAGAUCCGAAUCGAAAACUCCCAUCUGGCAGAAUUACCUCGCGGUGCAUUCUCCAGAAUCCGUGCCUUGGAAUACCUGUGGCUGAAUUUUAACCAGAUCGCACUCAUGCAUGUGAAGAGCCUGCAACAUUUGCACCAUCUGUCCGAGCUGAGGCUGCAAGGGAACAAACUGCGUUCAGUACCAUGGACAGCUUUCCAGGAAUGCCCAGCUUUGAAGAUUCUGGAUCUGAAGCACAAUCGACUGGACGUCCUUCCAGAAUAUGCGUUGAGAUAUCUCACCAACCUGACCUAUCUGGACAUAUCCUUCAACCAGCUCACGGUGAUUUCUCGAGAUGUGUUCUUGAACUGGCCGGUUUAUCAGAGAACACAGCAGCCUCGGGAUCAGGGGAGCAGUAAUUCCAACGCGGUACUGUCUCUUCAUGAUAACCCCUGGCUCUGUGACUGCCGCCUUAAAGGCUUUGUGCAAUUUAUCAAAUCCAUCAGCCCCCGUUUGAUUUUGAUGAAUUCCUACCUAUCCUGUUCAGGCCCGGAGUCCAGGGCCGGGAAAUUUUUCUACGAGGUGGAACUAAAGAGUUGCUUUAAGCCAUUGGCAACGGCCGAGAUCACGAACGUCAGCGUUCCACUUGGAGAGGAGGUUCAUUUAUUUUGUGAGGCAAAAGGAAAUCCUACCCCCACGGUGUGGUGGACAAAUGGUGGGAAGAUCAUUCGGAAGUUUAAUGUGUCUGUCACAAAUAUUAAUGAAGAGACAGUAAAGUCAGAAUUGGUGAUUCCAUCAGCUCACAGUAUGACUGAAGGAAGUUACAUCUGCAUUACUACCAACUAUCUUGGAAACUCAUCCGUGCAGAUCCUGGUGAACAUUUUAACUUCAGAAACUUUACCUGGCCCAUCAUCCUUGUCCCCUACACCUUUGGAAGAAGAGAAUGUUUAUAUUGAUGUUAGGAUUGCAAAGCAAACAGUCUAUGGCAUAACACUAGAGUGGUAUGCAGCAACUCAGAACCCUGCUGAGACUUGGUACACCCUGCACUUUGGGAAAUUUGAAGACACUAAAAAGGAAAUGAUUUAUAUUGGACCAGGAGUAAAUACUUACUCUGUUAAUGAUCUCUUCCCAGCAACAAAGUACACGGUGUGUGUUACACUGAGGAAUCAGCCUCCAAAGAGAGGUCAAUGCAUUAUAUUUGUUACAGGCAAUGACAUCAGUGAACUGGAGCAAAGGGAGAAACUCAUUCACAUUAUAGUCAUUGUUUGUGCCAUGGUUUUGACAGUACCAGCUGGAAUGUACGCGUGUACAACAGAGACACGUUUCAGCUGCUUUGAUAAAUGCAGCAAGUUUUGUCGAAGACAAAGACGAGAGAAAACACUGAAAACAAGAGCACAGGAUGUCACCUUUGACAGCCUGCAGACAGGUAGCGACGCUGAACUCUGUAACAGAAAUUCCAAAGAAGACAGGAGAAGACGUAAAAAACCAGAAGACAAAGCCCACAAGGUCAAAACAGAGCACAAAAAUACAGAUGAAUUAUAUUAAACAGAACUGAUAUUUGAUAUGCUUUAGUCAAAAUUUAUUUAUCCACCAGUGAAUAUUUUGUAAUUGGGGGUGAAUGCCCAGACUACAUUGAACAUCUGUUGGCAAUGUGGCACAGUUAUUGUGGUCCUUGUUAAAGCAUCUGUUAUUGCCAUUUACAGAUACAUUCUAGGCAUUCAGAUUGAUAGUCACAAACAAGAAGAGAAAAAAUCUUAGCUGAUCUCUGGGGGAAUUAGAAGUGUUGCCUUUAGGAAAAGUGGAGGGAGAAGGUGGAUACAAUUUUAUCAGGGUACGUGGAUACGAUAAAAACUCACUUUAAAGUUUUGUGUCUAACGUUUGGAAUUAAUAUUGUAAACUAAUAGAGACACUUACAUCAAGCUGGAAAGCAGAGAAUUGUCAAGUUAAUUGGAGAAUGGGUUUCCCUCCAGUAAUACCAACUAAGGAACAGGAAGAUGUGGGAUGAAAAAUGCACAGCAGUGUCACUGAUGAGGGUUUGUGGUUAUAACACAAUAGGUUUACACACACAAUUUCUGUAACGAGAGUGGGCAUAGAAAUUCAUAAUGGAAUGAAUGCACAUGUAAGAUUUUUGAUAUUAUUUCUAGGUAUAUUCAUUGCAUAUUAAUAUUUUCUAUCAAACGAUUUACUUCACUACUGCCAUUGGAUCCUGUUUCGCUUAGCUUGUUUUCACAGAAAGCCAGUUUGUCAAAUGCAGCUAGAAGGAAAUUAAUUCAAAACACAAUCUUACUUUUCCUAGUUAAUGAAAAAUAUUCACAAAGAUGAGAAUUUCUGGAUAUUUUAUGGUUGCUCAAGAUUAGCAAAAUAACUAUCAAAAUCAAUUGUUAAUGGUAUAGUUGUAAAUUAUCAAAGUACUGUAUUAAUAAAGAUGG